AUGAGCUCUACAGAGGUGAAUGGCUCGAGUGGUGCGGUGCUCGAGGAGAAAUACGUACAGUUCCCGUGCGUUGCUGACGAUGCGACUCGGGAUGGUAAACCGGUGCUGAACAAGUACUCGCAGUUCAUCACCAAGGACCAUGACUUCCCCGGAGCUCAGGCCAUGUUGUAUGCUGCCGGCGUGCCUGAUAGGGACAGCAUGAAGAACAGUCCACAGGUAGGCAUUGCAUCCGUAUGGUGGGAAGGCAAUGCCUGCAACAUGCAUCUGCUGGAUCUCGGGAAGACGGUCAAGAAGGCCGUCACGGGCCUGGGAAUGCUGGGCUGGCAAUACAAUACAAUUGGUGUCUCUGAUGCGAUCACCAUGGGCCACGAAGGAAUGCGGUUUUCCCUUCAGUCGAGGGAAAUUAUUGCUGACAGUAUCGAGACUGUCACCUGUGCGCAAUACCACGAUGCCUGCAUCGCCAUUCCAGGCUGUGACAAGAAUAUGCCAGGGACCAUAAUGGCGAUGGGACGACAUAACCGACCAUCAUUGAUGAUCUACGGCGGUACAAUCCAGAUCGGCUAUUCCAACGUCAUGCGACAGCCAAUAAACAUAUCGACGUGUUAUGAGGCAGCGGGAGCCUAUGCGUACGAUCAACUCAAACAACCAGAGGAUGGCGGCGACCAGAGCAAGACAAAGGAUGAAAUCAUGGAGGAUAUCGAGAGACAUGCUUGCCCUAGUGCCGGCGCCUGUGCUGGAAUGUUCACGGCCAACACCAUGGCCACGGCGAUUGAAACCAUGGGGCUCACGCUUCCCGGUUCAUCGUCCACUCCGGCAACCGUCCCGGCCAAGAUGAGAGAAUGCGUCAAGGCCGCAGAAGCCAUCAAGCUGUGUAUGGAGAGGAAUAUCAGGCCUCGCGACCUUCUCACCAAGCGGUCGUUUGAAAACGCCCUCGUCAUGACCAUGGCCAUGGGCGGAAGUACCAACAGCGUGAUCCAUUUCAUCGCCAUGGCCAGGUCGGCCGGCGUCGAAUUGACGAUAGACGACUUCCAGCGUGUCAGCAACAAGGUCCCGUUCAUCGCCAACCUCUCCCCCAGCGGAAAGUAUUACAUGGCCGACCUAUACGACAUCGGAGGCACGCCCUCUGUCCAGAAGCUCCUCGUAGCCGCCGGCCUGCUCGACGGCGGCAUCCCCACGGUAACGGGCAAGACGCUCGCCGAAAACAUCGCCUCCUUCCCAUCCCUCUCUCCAGGGCAAGACAUAAUCCGACCCCUCGACAACCCCAUCAAGGCCACCGGCCACCUGCAGAUUCUGCGUGGAAACCUCGCUCCAGGCGGCGCCGUGGCCAAAAUCACUGGGAAAGAAGGCACCAAAUUCACCGGCAAAGCUCGCGUGUUCGAUCGUGAGGCGGCGCUCAACAAUGCGCUAUCGCGCGGCGAGAUCCCACGGACCGAAAACCUGGUCCUCAUCGUCCGCUACGAGGGCCCCAAGGGAGGUCCCGGCAUGCCAGAGCAACUCAAGGCCAGCGCCGCGCUUAUGGGCGCCAAACUGACGAACCUCGCCCUCAUCACGGACGGACGAUACUCUGGUGCCAGCCACGGCUUUAUCGUGGGCCACAUCGUCCCCGAAGCCGCGGUGGGCGGUCCGCUGGCCAUCGUGCAAGACGGGGACGUCAUCACCAUCAACGCAGAGACGAACGAGCUCUCGAUGGCCGUGUCUGAUGAAGAAAUCGCCGCGAGGCUGAAGAACUGGACACCGCCGAAGCCGCGAGUCACUCGCGGUGUCUUGGCGAAAUAUGCUCGAUUGUUUCAUUUCUUCACCAUCUUCUUCAGUCUGUCUUCACUGUCUCCAGGUAUCCUCGCGCUGAUCAAACGAGCAAAACCACUGAGCAAGGCUGAAGGGUUACACUUGACCUGCAUCGUCAACAUCUCAGGCUCGUCCGCCGUUUGUCUUCGCCGUUCAGCUCGUUCAACCUGUUAUAGCACAGCGUGCGAGCCUGUGUUUAGUUACUUAGUCAAACUGUGGUGGAAGGCGCUGGCUUCUGGCUUCUGGCUCCUGGCUGCUGCUUUCCGUGUCUUACUCUACGGAGAAUUCAUCAUAAUACCCUCCCUCUCGAAGCCUUUUUUGACAUAUAAACUGCGAGACCGACGCGACGACGACUAUGUCGGUCCUCCGGAUGCCAACCUGCGCGGCUGGUUUGGCCUAGGCAACGCCGACGAGUUUGGUGGCUACUACAAGGUGUCUGUUACAAUUGUGCUGCUCCUUGUAGGCGGCGGAAUUGUCUCAUGGAGGCUUCUGCGUCCCUAUGGCGGACAGUGUACCUAUAACAACGGACCUGUUCCUAGAUACACCCGCGCAGACCGACUGUCUGAAACCAGUCAUACCAGUACCACUGACAACAACAGUCAGCCGAGUACGGAAAACCCUAGAGAUAAACUGAAGCGUGACGGGGAACAUGACGUGGACCCUGGUAUAUUGAAGAAGCAUUCGUCUUACUGUUCCUAUACAACUUCUGUGGCUACCUAUCCCCAAGUCCGCACGUUCUUUUACCCGCAUCCUCACACCGAGAAACUCCCCACGAAACCAAAGAUACUCCCACUACUGGUAUUUAUCCAUGGACUGGGUGGCUCCCUGUCUCAAUUUCACCAUCUUCUACACAGCUUGAUCACCAUCGGCCCCUGCUUUGGCAUUGACCUCCCCGGCUGUGGGCUGUCAUCAUUCGCCCCAACGGCCUGGUCAGCCUACUCUAUUGAGGCUAUGGCCGAGCUCGUGGGUCAAGCCAUCGAACAGCACAGGGAUGCUGCUCGUAACCAAGACGUUAUUAUCAUUGCACAUAGCAUGGGUUGCUCGAUCGCGGCUCUUAUCGCCUCACCAGCCUCCCCCGUCAAGGCUAAGGUCAGGGAGCAUAUUGUCGGUCUAGUUGCGGUCUGUCCUAUUGCUGCGCCACCUGCAAAGGACGUAGUUACUCUUUCCAAGAAGAUGCUGUAUAUACCUGGCUUUUUAUUUGAUGCCUGGCGCUGGUGGGACCGUAUGGGGGGAGCUGAUAGCGCAAGUGUACGCAGGCUUGUUGGGGAAGGGGCUGACCCGGAAACCCGUUCACUCCAGCUUCGAUAUAACCAACAGAGCCACACGCCGGUAUGGAGGAGGAUGGCAUGGGGCGCUCUUCCAACUUAUGACAGUUCGGGUAAGCCAGUCGGGGGGAUUCCUGGGAAAGAAAUAUGGAAGAAGAUCCAUUUCCCUCUGUUUUUCGUUGGAGGAGAAUCAGACAAUAUCACAAAGCCGAAGGAGGUUUUGAAACUUCUACACUAUUUCAUCAGCGAGAAGCCUAGUAGUGAUCGGCCAAACCCAGAUCUACCGGGCGACGACGUUGUUAUUGGAAUGCUACUUCAUAACUUCGUACAGGUUCCCGAGACUACCGGCGAUCGACGUACUCACUACAAGGAGACGUCGUGGCUCGCAAACCAUGAUGGCACGCAGACCGUGGACUCAUACGUGUUCCCAGCGCCAGCGUCCCAUGGCCUCCUGUUUGAUCGCAACACAUAUCGAACUUUAUCGGGCCUUAUCCAGACCUUCGUUGCGGGUAACAUUGACUUACGUCUAGCCCUCGGGUGGCAGCUUCAGCACCUAACCACUUCUGGCAAAUGGGACGUGAAGAAUCUCGUGAAAUGGCAGGCUGUGAAGCCAGUGUCGGAUCCCAUUGGCGGAACAUUCGUUGCGAUGAAGACAUUGCGCGAGGUUGACCUGGAUCACUCUCCAAAGCCGUUCGUUGAGGAUUGGCGUGGCAAGAUAUAUGCCGUGAUUGACAUUAGCCAUGAAAGUCCCGUGUACGACUACUCGCAGCUAGAGCUAGGAGGGAUCAAAUAUAUCAAGCUCCCGAGCGUCUCGAAGAUCCCACCGACUACGGACGAGGUACGAGAAUUUAUCAAUACGGUGUCUCGGCUAGAGGAUGAGAUUUCAGAAGCACGCAAGGGGGGAGAAGCUCCAUUGCCUUCACGACCGCAUAUCGCUGUCCAUUGCCAUUACGGGUAUAACCGGACUGGCUUCUUCAUUGCUUCAUAUCUCAUCGAGCGGAUGGGGUAUAAGAUCCAAGAGGCGCUGGCAGAGUUCGAGCGACGACGGCCACCGGGUAUACGCCAUGAGCAUUUCAUCGACACCUUGCAUGUACGCUACUCUGUCGGGCUUCCCCCUCGUUCCUCCGGUUCCCAAGUCGCAAUCAUGGGUGGCGUUACUGUUCGCGAUGUCGAUGCUCAGAAGUUCGUCGAGGCGUACUCCGCUUUCUUGAAGAGACAGGGAAAGCUCCCAAUCCCAGGUUGGGUUGAUACCGUCAAGACCUCCAACUCCAAAGAACUCCCCCCUCAAUCGAUUGACUGGUACUACGUUCGCGCUGCCGCCGUUGCCCGACACAUCUACAUGCGCAAGACCGUUGGUGUCGGCAGCCUACGCAAAAUCCACGGUGGCCGCAAGAACCGUGGCUCCGCUCCAUCCCACCACGUCGAUGCCUCUGGAUCCGUUGACCGAAAAAUCAUGCAAUCCCUCGAGAAGAUCGGUGUCCUUGAGCACGAUGAGGACAAGGGCGGUCGCAGAAUCACCCAGAGCGGCCAAAGAGAUUUGGACCGUAUCGCCAGGACGACCAUAGAAGAGGAUGAGGAUGACGAGUAA